AAAGAAAAAUCCGGCUGGUUGGGAUGGAAACUGGACGGGGCGAGACAGAGUCAGAGAGACCAGAUGCUUGCCUGCUAGACACUUACUUCAAUCAAGAGAUACCAGGGAGUGGACCUUAGACGACUAUGUCAGCAGUGACCACCCAGCCCCUUCCCUUCGGCCGUCUGGAGAGAGAGAAGCACAUCGAGAGGCUCUUCAGAGCCUUUCACAGUCAAAGGAGGCUCUCCACCAAUCCCCAGGGUUUGCCUGGCUCCAUACCCCACCACGGGGCAUCUGAUCUGGGCUCAGAGGACCAGCAGCAGGGCCUAGGUCCGGGGGGUAAAGGGGAGAAUGGCCACAUGAGGCCCAGGGCUUCUGGAGGGCCAGAGAUAGCAGGGGAGCAGUGGUUGAAUGGUGUGGGUGGACAGGAGGGUCUGGCUCUCCUGGACGCAGUCAGCCAACUACGUAUCACAGCCAGGCCAGAGCUGCAAGGUCCACAAUGUGUGUCCCGCAGGACCUACAGCAUUGCCACCGGGGACAGCAGUGAGCAGCUCUUUGUGGCUGUAGAAGAGAGUUCCUGUAUGUGUCUGCAGUGCUGCGGUCCGGCCCGGUCCUGCUCCCUACAAGGUUUUGACCGCCAGGCCCGCCAGGUCUUCCUGUUUGAAAGACCCCUCAGGGUGGACGCGUGCUGCCUUGGCUGCUGCUUGAUGGAAAUGAGGGUCUACACCCCCCAACGGCAGCUCAUAGGGAGCGUACGACAGCGAUGGAGUAUGUUCACCCCUCUCCUGGAAGUGUGUGACUCCGAUGGAGCCUCCACUAUAAGAAUCCAGGGAUCAUGCUGCCCCUACCGAUGCCUCUCUAACCAAGAAUUCCAGGCGGUCUCAGCCAUCGGUGAGAAAAUUGGCUCCAUAUGGAAGAAAUGGCCUGGGUUUAACGAAGAGUGCAACAUGGAUCAUGAAUACUUUGGGUUAGAGAUUCCACAGGAUAUGACAUCACAGACCAAACUUCUUCUGCUGGCGGCCACGUUCCUACUGAAUUAUAUGUUCUUUGAGAUGAGCUGAACCGGCACCAGACAAUCAGAGAUGAGAAAAUGUAGGUAAUCAAAAGUGGACCAUGAGAACUGCAGAAGCCAAAUGACCAUCGGCGAGUUUCACAGCUUCGCCCGAUGCCACGCCGCAGCACCAUCAGAGAUUGAACACAUGGACAGUUGUUUGGGGGAGGGGUGCAAAUGUUAGCGACACCAAAGAUGUACUAGCCUGCAUAGCAUGACCUCCUUUCCUUUAUUUAGUCCUCAUUUAGUUGUCCUAAUAGAAGAGAUACACCCAAUAAAUCUUAAUAGAUACCUGGCAUUGGCUUAUGCUCCCAUCGCAACAAUUUGACUGACUGACAAUCAGUUCAAACUAUCUUUGUUUGGAAAGAUACGUUUUCCUCAUCCAACAUACGCCACUGGUGACAUCACAGAAUAGAACACUGAAGCCAUUGGUUAGCAGCAGAUGCAUAAUCAACAUUUAUUGCUAUAAUCCAUCAGACAGUACUUUCCUCGUUUUGACAAGACACCCUUUUUCCAGCACCACCCACCCAAUCCUGGGCAGUAUUUCAUCAGGGGGGAGAAGAUAGAAGGAGCCCCAAGCUCUGGCCUGGGACCAGUUUCUGUUCUGUAGCACUAAAUGGUGAGGGGGUCAGAUGAGCUGAUUCCAGGUCAGUGUUCAGGGACUCCUUCUACCCCAGGGAAAAUAUCACAGCAGGGCCACCAUUCUAGCCUGGUCCCAGAUCUGUUGGUGAUUUUGACUAACUCCAUGAUCAUUGUCAAGCCAAACUGUUUUGCAUGAGGAGUUGGCAAGAGAGCAGAAACAGACUGACACCCAGGCUACCACCAUUCCACACUGGAGAGAUUAUGUUGUCACAGAUAACAUUGUUACAUUGUUGUUAAAGUUGUAUUGUUAUGUCCAUCUUCACUGUGGGAUCUUGAAAGGCAUUUUGAAUGUUUAAUCUGGGUUGGGUCCGUCUCGAGGCCAGGCACAGUGAUAUAGGCAGCUAGGCAUUCCAUUCUAAAGAGGCCGGUUCACGUUACCCACGGUCCCCCUUUAGGAUGGGCCCCAUCCUUUGGGUUGAAAACUUUCUGGUCAAAGGUAAAGAAUCAAGUUCUCGAUUCUCGUUAAGUAAAUAGAUUUUCUCAAAAGGACAUAGCUUUUUCUAGAAAUAUAUUUUUGUACGCCAUAAUAUUUCUAGUUUAAAUGACUAGAGGCAUUGUAGUUAAAAUACUGCACUAAAAUAAAAUAACUUCCACCUGCAA